UUUACUCUAGACAUGUUGUUUGUAAUGAAAAUUUUUUUCCCUAUGCCUCUAACUCCAAGUCAAUCCACUCUCUACAUAUAGAAGCUUGGUUCAUGCCCAGUACUUGCCAUCAUAGGCUUGAGACACGUUCCUCUAUCAGAUCAACUGCCGAGCUUGUGAAUUACCAUCGUUCCCCAACGAAUCUCUCAUUAGUUUUUCCUCCUUGUUUGCCCACAAAUACCCACUCGGCCCAACCCCCCAACCCAUUCCCCUCCAGCCCCACAAAUCCCAACCCAAGACGCUCCCAACCAUCCCUAUUGAAAUCAUCCUCACCACAUCCGCCUCUCUCUUCACCCGCUUUUGCCUCUACUAGUGCCCUCUCGAAAUCAGCUUCCCCUGUCGCACCUACCACUUACACUACCCCUUUAAACACCUCCAUUGCCACCCAUAGCCCAGCCAAGCCCAACACUGCCACCACCUCUACCUCCAAGCCAUCAUCUUCUCCGCUGCCACAGCCCGUUCGCCUUCACCCCAUGGUUACCCAGUCCCACAAUGAGAUCUUCAAGCCGAAAACCCUCUUCCUUGCCACCAAACAUCCUGGUCUUGACCCUGUCAAACCUUCAUGUGUAACUCAGGCUUUGAAAGAUCCAAAGGGGAAGCAAGCUAUGUCCAAUGAGCACAUUGCUCUUGUUCACCAAGGCAUGUGGGAAUUAGUUCCUCCUUCUCCUACCCAGAACAUAAUCAGUUGCAAGUGGAUUUUUUGGUUGAAACGAAAGGCAGAUGGGAGUGUUGAGUGCUAUAAGGCGCAUCUUGUGGCAAAAGGGUUUGAUCAGCAGUAUGAUUGUGACUAUUUUGAUACCUUUAGCCCAGUAACUAAACCCACCACCAUCCGCACAGUACUCACCCUAGUUAUUGUUGGGUCUUUGCAAUACUUAUCUCUGACUCGUCCAGAUAUUACCUACUCUGUGAACAAGUUAUCUCAAUUUUUACAUUGUCCUACUGAACUUCAUUGGCAAGCAGUUAAACGACUUCUGCAAUAUCUUAAGGGUACCAGCCAUCAUGGUCUUCUAAUUCAAACUAAAUCAAGUCUUAAUCUCCAAGGCUUUUCUAAUUCUGAUUGGGCAAGGGAUCAAACCUCCUUUGUCUCAACUACGGGCUAUGUUCUAUUCUUGGGUUUAACUUCUAUUUCUUGGAAAGCUACUAAGCAAAAAGCUAUUGCUCGAAGUUUGACUGAAGUUGAGUAUUGUGCCCUUGCUGCUACCUCAUCUGAGAUGGUAUGGGUUCAAAAUUUGUUGUUUGAACUUAGCUUCAACAUUUCCUCUCCACCGACUCUCUAUUGUGACAAUCUUGGAGCCACUUAUCUCAGUAGUAAACCGGUUCUUUACUCCAAAAUGAAGCACAUAGCAAUUGAUUUACAUUUUGUCAGAGAUUUGGUUGAUAAACAAGUUCUUUGCGUUGUUCAUAUAUCAUCUCGAGAUCAGCUGCCUGAUGGUUUCACCAAGCCACUCUCUAGUACUCAGUUCUUCAUUUACAGUCCAAGAUUGGCGUCGCUGAUGGCUCCUCCAUCUUGCGGGGGCGUGUUAAGGAAAGUUCUACUAAAUCCAAGCAUAAUCCUGGAUAGUUCUCUAUUCAAUCUUUGAUAUGAUUCUAUGUAUCUCUUAAUUAUUUGUAUCUUGAUUAUUGCAUAAGAUUCUUUCCGUUUAUGUAAGCUAGAACCACGUCUCUCCAUUUUGUAUAUAUUUUGAUUGAAUCAAUAAGAAUAUUAUCAAGCUUUCUCUUACAAUACUCUGUUAAAACCAAAUAAACAAAGGGUUCAAUU